AACGCAUUCAAGUGGAAAUUGAUAUACCAGUUGUUUUCUUAUAAUCAUAUGUUAUUAUUAUAUCAAAAUGGCACAUUCAAAAAGAAUAGCCAUUAUAGGUGCUGGUCCUAGUGGUUUGACAGCCAUUAAAAGUUGCAAAGAAGAGGGAUUUGCACCAGUUUGCUUUGAGCGAACAGGAGCCAUUGGUGGAUUAUGGAGGUACCACGAUGAAGAAAUCGACGGAGUGGCAUCGCUCAUGAAGACAACUAUUAUUAACACAAGUAAAGAGAUGAGUGCCUUCACUGAUUUUCCACCCCCAAAAGAGUUCGCCAAUUUCAUGCACAACAGCAAGAUGUGGGAGUACUUAAUGCUCUAUGCAGAAACUUUUAACCUCUUACAGCAUAUUAGGUAUCACGUGGAAGUCAUCAAAAUAGAGCCAUCGGAGGAUUAUAAAGAAACUGGACGCUGGAUAGUCACUUCGAAAAACACACAAACGAAUGCAGUUUCGAGAGAAGAAUUUGAUGGAAUUAUGAUCUGCACCGGGCACCAUUCUUAUCCAAAUAUUCCAACUUUCCCAGGGCAAGAAAAAUUCAAGGGCACUAUUAUGCACUCUCAUAGUCUGAAGACCUGCGAGAGAUUUCAAGGACAGCGAGUUGUGAUUGUAGGAAUAGGAAAUUCUGCAGUCGAUGCCGCUGUCGACAGCACCUUCGUAGCAGACCAGGUUUACCUGAGUACCAGAAGGGGAUCUUGGAUUAUGGGACGUACCGGAGAGGAUGGUAAACCCUACGAUCUAGAACUGAUGCGUCGGAGAAAUGUAUUCCUUUUAAAAUUCCUCCCUUAUGAUUUCCAGUGCAGAUUUUUGGAAAGUCGUGUGAAGUUUGAUCAUGAUACUUAUAAUCUGAAGCCUGACCACCGCAUCCUGAGUGCCCACACAACCAUGAACGAUACUUUGCCAAACUGUGUCCUUAGCGGCAAGGUGAUCGUAAAAGGGGACAUCGAAAAAUUCGAAGAAAAUGGAGUUGUGUUCGCUGGGGAAGAACAAGUUACUAAAGUAGAUUCUGUGGUGUUAGCCACAGGGUAUGACAUCAAAUUCCCUUUUCUUGAUAGCUCUGUGAUAUCAUUCGAAAAUAAUCGCGUUCAUCUGUACAAAUACAUCAUUCCACCACACCUCGAACAUUCUACUUUGGCAUUCAUUGGCUUAAUCCAGCCUUUAGGCCCUUUCUUUUCAGUUGUGGAUAUCCAAUGUAGAUGGUUUGCGCAGAUCCUGGCUGGCAACCUCAAACUACCCAGCGAAGAAGAAAUGAAGAAAGAUAUUGAAAACAAAAUUAGAGCAAAUGAAAAACGCUUUGUAAAUACGAGUAGGCACACUAUCGAGGCAGAUUGGGUGCCUUAUUUGGAUGAACUAGCAGAAAUGAUUGGAGCUAAGCCCAAUCUACUGAAGCUAGCGAUAACCGAUCCUAAAUUUUUCUGGAUAUGCUUUAAUGGACCUUGCUUUCCAUAUCAAUACCGGCUCCAAGGACCCCAUUCAUGGCCUGGGGCCAAAAAAGCAAUUUUAACCACCGAAGAGAGAAUCUAUGCUCCUCUCAAUUCCAGUGGCAAAAAACUUAGUCAAAAGAAAGAUGGCUUCAUCUCAACCAAAAAACUUUUGCUGAUUUUGGUGGUACUUGCAGUAUGUGUGAUGUACGUUAGAAAAUAUCGAAGAUUAAUCUCAUUUAUGAUACUUUAUCUGAAAUUGAAAAAUAUAAUCUAAAACAAAAUUCAGCUGUAGAAAUGUAAAUUUUUAAAACAUUUUUGCUAUUAUUAAUUUAAAUUUAUGAAUAGCUAAAUAAAUCUAAUUGUUAAUAAAAUGAGAGAAAGAUACAAAGUUUUGAGAAAAGAAAGAUAGUUUCAUCUCAGGUAAAAUUCUUGCCUUAUGUAACGUGUGCAGAAUGUAUUAUAGACGGAAGAAAUUAUUAAAGAAUCAGCUCGGUUGUCUUCAUCUGUCUGAAAUAAAAGAGAAUCGGUCGAAAGCGAGUUCCAGUAUCCAAUCAUAGAAAUCAAUAUCUAUUUUUGAAUCUUGAUUGUUAUUGUGUACAUAAGUUUCAAAUUCAACUGAUGAAUUUAUUAAACAAAAAUAUCCAAUUCAAUGAAUUUUUACAAAACAGAAAAGCAUUUUCACUUCAGGUAAAAUAAUUUUCUUGUUCCUGGCACAUUACAUAGUGUGUGCUACACACGACAGGGAAUAGUGAAAUGCAAACUCAGGUAUCAUCCUUUGUCUUACCAUAAGAAAACUCCAUCUCCGAUAACAUUCUUUAUCUCAAUUUGGAGAAAAUAGUUUGAAAGGGAAUCUGUGAAAUCCAAUCAUAAAAAUGCAAUGACUAUUUUUGAAACUAUAGUGACAUUGAAGUUUCAAUUUGAACUAAAGAAUAUCGAAAACAAACAUGUUUAAUUCAGUAAAUCGUUAUGAGAAGAAUGAUAGUUUCAUCUCAGGGAAAAUUAUUUUCCUGUUUUUGGUAGUUUGUACUGUGGAUAUGAUGAAAGGUAAGAAGCAUACUUUUUUUCAUUUUUUUCUUACUUUUUCUGGAUUUAAAGUGAAUUACAUGAAAACGAGAUGUAGAUUCCAAUCAGAGAAAUAUGACGUCUCUUUUUGAAAUGUGACUGUUCUUGAUCUGAAAUGAAGAAUAUGUAAAAUAAAUAGGCUUAGAUCAAUAAAACUUUGUGUGAAGGAUAUUUUCAUCUCAGGGAAAAUUCUUUUCGUGAUUUUAUUACUUUGUGCAGUGAAUAUGAUGUACAGCUCGAAACACUGAGAAUCAAUUCAGUAAUCAUACUUUUUUCUGAAUUUAAAGGAAAUCGCAUGCAAAAUCCAAUCAGAGAAUGGCAGUAUCUAUUUUUGAAACUUUACUGCAUUUGAUCAAAACUGAAGAGUGACAAAAAUAAAUAUUUAAUUCAAUAAUAUUCUGUGUGAAGAAUGAUAGUUUCAUCUCAGGUGUUUUUAGUAGUUUGUGCAGUGAAAGUGAUAUGCGAUAGGAAAUAUCGGAGAAUCAUUUCGGUUACAAUUCUUUUUCUGAAUUUAAACGGGGUUACUUACGAAUUCCUAUCAGAGAAAUACAGUGUCAAUUUUGGAAAUUUGACUGUUGUUGCUUUGAACGGAAGAGUAAGUGAAAUAAAUAAAUAUUAUCCAUAAAUGCUUUGUGAGAAAAAUGAUAAUUUCAUCUCAGGGAAAAUUCUUUUCAUGUUUUUGAUAAUUUGUGCAACAUGUUUGAUGCACAGCAGAAAACAUCGGAGAAUCAACUCAGUUAUCCUUUUUCUGAAUUUAAAGGGAAUUAUUCCAAAAUCCAAUCAGAGAAAUGCAGUACCUACUUUUGAAACUUGACCGUUUUUGAUCAAAAGUGAAGAAUAACUAAAACUAAUUCAAUAAAGCUUUCUGAAAAGAAUGAUAAUUUCAUCUCAGGGAAAAUUCUUUUCAUGUUUUUGAUAAUUUGUGCAGGAUGUGUGAUGCACAGCAGAAAACAUCGGAGAAUCAACUCAGUUAUCCUUUUUCUGAAUUUAAAGGGAAUUAUUCCAAAAUCCAAUCAGAGAAAUGCAAUACCUACUUUUGAAACUUGACUGUUUUUGAUCAAAAGUGAAGAAUAACUAAAACUAAUUCAAUAAAGCUUUCUGAAAAGAAUGAUAAUUUCAUCUCAGGGAAAAUUCUUUUCAUGUUUUUGAUAAUUUGUGCAGGAUGUGUGAUGCACAGCAGAAAACAUCGGAGAAUCAACUCAGUUAUCCUUUUUCUGAAUUUAAAGGGAAUUAUUCCAAAAUCCAAUCAGAGAAUGGCAGUAUCUAUUUUUGAAACUUUACUGCAUUUGAUCAAAACUGAAGAGUGACAAAAAUAAAUAUUUAAUUCAAUAAUAUUCUGUGUGAAGAAUGAUAGUUUCAUCUCAGGUGUUUUUAGUAGUUUGUGCAGUGAAAGUGAUAUGCGAUAGGAAAUAUCGGAGAAUCAUUUCGGUUACAAUUCUUUUUCUGAAUUUAAACGGGGUUACUUACGAAUUCCUAUCAGAGAAAUACAGUGUCAAUUUUGGAAAUUUGACUGUUGUUGCUUUGAACGGAAGAGUAAGUGAAAUAAAUAAAUAUUAUCCAUAAAUGCUUUGUGAGAAAAAUGAUAAUUUCAUCUCAGGGAAAAUUCUUUUCAUGUUUUUGAUAAUUUGUGCAACAUGUUUGAUGCACAGCAGAAAACAUCGGAGAAUCAACUCAGUUAUCCUUUUUCUGAAUUUAAAGGGAAUUAUUCCAAAAUCCAAUCAGAGAAAUGCAGUACCUACUUUUGAAACUUGACCGUUUUUGAUCAAAAGUGAAGAAUAACUAAAACUAAUUCAAUAAAGCUUUCUGAAAAGAAUGAUAAUUUCAUCUCAGGGAAAAUUCUUUUCAUGUUUUUGAUAAUUUGUGCAGGAUGUGUGAUGCACAGCAGAAAACAUCGGAGAAUCAACUCAGUUAUCCUUUUUCUGAAUUUAAAGGGAAUUAUUCCAAAAUCCAAUCAGAGAAAUGCAAUACCUACUUUUGAAACUUGACUGUUUUUGAUCAAAAGUGAAGAAUAACUAAAACUAAUUCAAUAAAGCUUUCUGAAAAGAAUGAUAAUUUCAUCUCAGGGAAAAUUCUUUUCAUGUUUUUGAUAAUUUGUGCAGGAUGUGUGAUGCACAGCAGAAAACAUCGGAGAAUCAACUCAGUUAUCCUUUUUCUGAAUUUAAAGGGAAUUAUUCCAAAAUCCAAUCAGAGAAUGGCAGUAUCUAUUUUUGAAAUUUUACUGCAUUUGAUCAAAACUGAAGAGUGACAAAAAUAAAUAUUUAAUUCAAUAAUAUUCUGUGUGAAGAAUGAUAGUUUCAUCUCAGGUGUUUUUAGUAGUUUGUGCAGUGAAAGUGAUAUGCGAUAGGAAAUAUCGGAGAAUCAUUUCGGUUACAAUUCUUUUUCUGAAUUUAAACGGGGUUACUUACGAAUUCCUAUCAGAGAAAUACAGUGUCAAUUUUGGAAAUUUGACUGUUGUUGCUUUGAACGGAAGAGUAAGUGAAAUAAAUAAAUAUUAUCCAUAAAUGCUUUGUGAGAAAAAUGAUAAUUUCAUCUCAGGGAAAAUUCUUUUCAUGUUUUUGAUAAUUUGUGCAACAUGUUUGAUGCACAGCAGAAAACAUCGGAGAAUCAACUCAGUUAUCCUUUUUCUGAAUUUAAAGGGAAUUAUUCCAAAAUCCAAUCAGAGAAAUGCAGUACCUACUUUUGAAACUUGACCGUUUUUGAUCAAAAGUGAAGAAUAACUAAAACUAAUUCAAUAAAGCUUUCUGAAAAGAAUGAUAAUUUCAUCUCAGGGAAAAUUCUUUUCAUGUUUUUGAUAAUUUGUGCAGGAUGUGUGAUGCACAGCAGAAAACAUCGGAGAAUCAACUCAGUUAUCCUUUUUCUGAAUUUAAAGGGAAUUAUUCCAAAAUCCAAUCAGAGAAAUGCAGUACCUACUUUUGAAACUUGACCGUUUUUGAUCAAAAGUGAAGAAUAACUAAAACUAAUUCAAUAAAGCUUUCUGAAAAGAAUGAUAAUUUCAUCUCAGGGAAAAUUCUUUUCAUGUUUUUGAUAAUUUGUGCAGGAUGUGUGAUGCACAGCAGAAAACAUCGGAGAAUCAACUCAGUUAUCCUUUUUCUGAAUUUAAAGGGAAUUAUUCCAAAAUCCAAUCAGAGAAAUGCAAUACCUACUUUUGAAACUUGACUGUUUUUGAUCAAAAGUGAAGAAUAACUAAAACUAAUUCAAUAAAGCUUUCUGAAAAGAAUGAUAAUUUCAUCUCAGGGAAAAUUCUUUUCAUGUUUUUGAUAAUUUGUGCAGGAUGUGUGAUGCACAGCAGAAAACAUCGGAGAAUCAACUCAGUUAUCCUUUUUCUGAAUUUAAAGGGAAUUAUUCCAAAAUCCAAUCAGAGAAAUGCAAUACCUACUUUUGAAACUUGACCGUUUUUGAUCAAAAGUGAAGAAUAACUAAAACUAAUUCAAUAAAGCUUUCUGAAAAGAAUGAUAAUUUCAUCUCAGGGAAAAUUCUUUUCAUGUUUUUGAUAAUUUGUGCAGGAUGUGUGAUGCACAGCAGAAAACAUCGGAGAAUCAACUCAGUUAUCCUUUUUCUGAAUUUAAAGGGAAUUAUUCCAAAAUCCAAUCAGAGAAAUGCAAUACCUACUUUUGAAACUUGACUGUUUUUGAUCAAAAGUGAAGAAUAACUAAAACUAAUUCAAUAAAGCUUUCUGAAAAGAAUGAUAAUUUCAUCUCAGGGAAAAUUCUUUUCAUGUUUUUGAUAAUUUGUGCAGGAUGUGUGAUGCACAGCAGAAAACAUCGGAGAAUCAACUCAGUUAUCCUUUUUCUGAAUUUAAAGGGAAUUAUUCCAAAAUCCAAUCAGAGAAAUGCAAUACCUACUUUUGAAACUUGACUGUUUUUGAUCAAAAGUGAAGAAUAACUAAAACUAAUUCAAUAAAGCUUUCUGAAAAGAAUGAUAAUUUCAUCUCAGGGAAAAUUCUUUUCAUGUUUUUGAUAAUUUGUGCAGGAUGUGUGAUGCACAGCAGAAAACAUCGGAGAAUCAACUCAGUUAUCCUUUUUCUGAAUUUAAAGGGAAUUAUUCCAAAAUCCAAUCAGAGAAAUGCAAUACCUACUUUUGAAACUUGACCGUUUUUGAUCAAAAGUGAAGAAUAACUAAAACUAAUUCAAUAAAGCUUUCUGAAAAGAAUGAUAAUUUCAUCUCAGGGAAAAUUCUUUUCAUGUUUUUGAUAAUUUGUGCAGGAUGUGUGAUGCACAGCAGAAAACAUCGGAGAAUCAACUCAGUUAUCCUUUUUCUGAAUUUAAAGGGAAUUAUUCCAAAAUCCAAUCAGAGAAAUGCAAUACCUACUUUUGAAACUUGACUGUUUUUGAUCAAAAGUGAAGAAUAACUAAAACUAAUUCAAUAAAGCUUUCUGAAAAGAAUGAUAAUUUCAUCUCAGGGAAAAUUCUUUUCAUGUUUUUGAUAAUUUGUGCAGGAUGUGUGCUGCACAGCAGAAAAUAUCAGAUAAUCAUCUCAGUUAUCCGUUUUCUGAAUUUAAAGGGAAUUAUUCCCAAACUCGAAUCAGAGAAAUGCAGUAAGUACUUUUGAAAGUUGAAUGCUUUUCAUCAAAACUGAAAAAAUAACUAAAACAAAUGUCUAAUUCAGUAAAGAUUUGUGAGAAAAAUUACAAUUUCAUCUCAGGGAAAAUCAUUUUCAUGUUUUUAAUAAUUUAAGCAAUGAAUAUGAUGUGCUACAAGAAACAUCGGAGAAUCAUUUCAGUUAUCACACUUUUUCUGACUUUAAACAUGAAAUCGCGAAAUCCAAUCAGAGAAUGCCGUGUCUAUUUUUGAAACUAUACUGUUGUUGAUCUGAACUGAAGAAUAAUUAAAACCAAUAUAAUUCAAUAAAGCUUUGUUAGAAGAAGGAGAAUUUCAUCUGAGGGAAAAAAAAAUUUCAAGUUUUCGAUAGUUUGUGCAGGAUGUUUGAUGUACGGUAGGAAACAUCGAUGAAUCAUUUCAGUGAUCUUUCUUUUUCUGAAUUUAAAGGGAAUCGCAUAUGAAACCCAAUCGGAGAAAUGCAAUGUGUAUUUUUGAAAGUUCAUUGUUGUUGAUUUGAACUGAAGAAUAACUGAAACAAAUAUAUUUAAUUAAGUAAAGCUUUGUUGGAAGAUAGAUUUUCAUCUAAAAUAGUUAUUUUUAUUUUUGGUAGUUCGUGUAAUGUGUGUAAUAUACGGCAAAUAUGUUUUCCUUCUUUGUCUGAAUUUGAAGGAAAUAGAUUAUAUCCAAUAGCUGAAAUGUAACGUCUAGUUUUGGAAUGUUACUGCUGUUAUAUAGUCAUGUCUCAGUCUCAAUGAAUUGACAAAUAGUGCAAAAAGUGGGAAAACAGUCGAAAAGUGUCUAUUUUUGACCAAAUCUCAACCAAAUGUUUUUAUAUUAAUGUCUGUUAUGUUUAACUAAUUUUAUUGCCGAAUAAGUGUAACAAUUUUUAGUGAAAUUUUGUUGCAUUGUCUCAAAUGAGUAAAUUCUGUAAAAUAUCUCAGGAAAUUCAUUAUUUCAACAUUGCUUUUAAACUGCAAUUGAAAUAUCUUAUUUUAAAACUUAAUUGUAUUUUCUAUCAAAUUAGCUCUAAAAAGGAAUAAACUUGUUAAAUUGAAAUAAUUUUCUGAAAUGAAAAUUAUUUUAAACGUUAU